AUGCUGGAGUGGGUAGGGCGUCAGUUCCAGGAGAUGCCCCGGAAGUUCGGUGAGGUCAAGGUUGAUGCGGUGAUGGAACGAAGUGACGGUGCAGUUCAGAAAGACCAAGCAUUGAGACCCCUCUUCCGAUGGGGCAGUGGCAUGACUUUGAAGCGAACGGAGGUCCAGUAUUUGCUGCAGAAGGCCGCCACUGCGGAAGGCUUGCCGGCCGACCGCUUCCUAUCUCAUUCAUUGAGGAUUGGAGGAGCGAGUGCAUUGUACCAGGUGACUGCCGAUGUGGAGCUGGUGAAGCGUAUGGGGCGAUGGAGCUCAAGUGCUGUCCAGAGGUACUUGCACGAUGGGGGCCGCGUCCUGAAGGAGUUGUCGGGCCGCAUGGCGCGAGUGGAUCAGAGGGUUCACUAUACGUGA